CGAGAAGGGACGCGUUUCCUUGACUACCGUGCGCACUGAGGCCGGCGGUGGAAGCCGCGUCGCAGAGUUUAUGACGUCACUUCCGACAUGUGAAACCGCCCUAUGUGCUGCACUAUGGGUUGAGGCACUUUUCUUUGAUGAGCCUGAAAAUUCCCAACAAAAAAGAAGCCAUGGCAGACGAGACGUCCCCACCCAGCGCUUUCGAAGGCCUGCGCCCGUUCUGCGUCCGGCUGACAAUGGAGCAGACGGCGGAAAACGUGAAAAACUUAAGAACGCAGAUUUCAUCAACAGAGGCCUCCGCUCUGCAGGAUCUCCUAGACUACGUUCUUUUCCCUCUACGUUUCUCCCUCAAGACCCCCGGCCCAAAAAGACCCGGAUUGGUGCAGGCCGUUGUCGAAUGCAUAAGCUACAUUCUCUCCAUCGCUCGCUUAAGAAGUCCCAUUACAUUACAGGAGAUGUUUAGUGAGUUAUGUAGGUGUCUUCCCCCGGAGCCGCAUCAGCAGGUGCCGGAAGAGCUGAAAUUGGCCGUCGUGGUGGCAUUAAAAUCUCUCCUCCGAUGUUCCGGUGCGGAGGUCCUAGACGUGCUAUACAAACCACCCAUGCUUCCCGAGAUGGGAUUCACCAUUACGCUGCUACUAAGGCUGGCAGAACAAGAGAAGUCGCGCGAGAUCCGUCUGGAAGCUUUGAACUGUUUGGAGAGAUUGCUAAUGCCUGACCUAAAGGAGGACACCGCUCUGGGAGAUCUGUUUGCGUCCUUCCUUCCCGGAGUGUGCACGGUAUUAACAAGGAUAAUCUGUGGGGACCCGAAGCAAGGAUAUCGGAUAACCACGGGUGCGGUCAGGCUGUGGGCUGGAGCGGUCAGUUCGGUAAUGUCAGAUGAAAGUCUGGCUCUGGUGCCGGAAGAGAAAACCGUAUACCCUGGGUUGCCCGUCCGCGUGGCAGAACUUAUGGUGCACAGAGACAGGACUUGGGCGAAGAGCUCUGUUGGCCAUUUACUGAUCCAGCUAGAAAAAAUCACAGAACGUUGCACUGACGAUCCUCACUGGAGAGUGCGACUGGCUCUUGUGGAAUUGGCGUGUCUCUUGCAUGCCCGUUGCUGGAAUUCCUUGGGGGAGGCCAUGGGGAAUCUCUUGCGAAUACUAGUAGGUCACAUGAGCGAUGAUAGGCCUGAAGUGAAGGCUAGGACUCGUGAGAUUCUCUUGGAGAUUUCCAAGGAAGGCCCGUCUUCCAGAACGCUGGGGGAGGUGCUGUCGGAGAGCCUCCAUUCGCUAACUGUUACUCUUCCGAGACUGUUGAGGUCUCAGGAUGACCAAGGAAAGCUUCACACUUUGGCACUUUUUCUAGGAUAUCUGCAGCUUCUUGGUCCCAGGCUCACGUUUACUUUGCACUCUCCUGCUCACCUUCAGCGCCUAUCCACUGCUCUCGUGCAGACACUAGAGUUAGACUUACACUCAGUUAAAAUAGUUGAGGAAAGACUUCCGUCUCCGGUUGCGGCCAUCAAGCAGCAUGACGUAGCACAUACCGGAAUCCAGCAGAAGACAUUCCGCUUUUUUAGGGACCCGCGGAUUCUUUCCAAUAUUCAGAGUGUCUGUAGGCUCUUGGGUUAUUAUGGAGAUUUCUAUUUAUUAACAGACCACUUCUUGGCUCUAUAUCGAGCUCAGAUUUUACCUGCGACUAUUGUUCUGAACCAAUUAGUACUCGGGGCAGCUGGGAUUGACGUAGAAGCACUUAAUGGAGAUAACCAGACACUGGAUGGCGGUGAACUCUUAGAAGCUAUACGCCCGCUUUUGGAAGAAUACACAGACCCCACCAACUGGUAUCUUCUGACUUGCCAGGACAGUGAUGAAGUAGUUAAUGGGUUGGCGUUGCUUCGCGUUGGGGGUCCUCCGUCAAAACCAGCGAUUAGUGACAUGAAUGCUAACGCUUGGAAGAUUUGUCUGCAAAUGGAAGGUAUAGCCUGCUUUGCCCAGGCCCUUGGCACAAGUUUUCGCCCGCUUCUUAUAUCUGCUCUGUACCCACUGCUUGAGAAAGUUGGAGAUCCUUCCUUGAUGGUCAGCGGGGCAGCAUUGGUGGUUUUGGAAAGCGUCAGCCGAGCGUGUGGAUACAAAGAUGUCAGCCAGUUGAUCGAACUCAAUUCAGAUUACUUAGCAAGUGAAGUCUCUGUUGGCCUCCGACGCCUUCAACUUCAGCAUGGGGGAGCUGCGCAUGUUUUGCAUGCUAUGUUGGACAAUUGUGGGCCUAGUCUCCUGCCGCUGUUGUACGAGCUUGUCCAGGAUCUGCUUCCUGCAUUGGACCAGUCACAAAAUGAAGGAGCCAAGGUCCUCCUUCCUGUCCUUAAUUCUCUUGUCACAAGAUUAGGUAAAUGGUUUCCUUUACUGGAGAUAACUGAACAACCGGCAACCAAUGCGUCCAUCCAGAAUCAGCCGGAUGAUGGGAGCUUAGCACAGGAGAUGACAGGGUUUCUCCAGGAUUAUAUAGAACAACAUUGUAUAGCAAUGGGAGACAUCGAAGAAGAAGAAGCUGCAGUUUUAGAUGUUUUGCCACCUUCAGAAGAAGACGAUGAUGGCGAGAAGCAACCAUUGCCCACCCACGUACAGAUCGCCAAAGAGGUAGCAGAAAAAAGUACGCACUUUUUGUCACAUAGUGACACACAGCUUCGCAUUCAGGCGGUGGACACUCUGCGUCUCUCUUUAAUCCCACUUCAUUCUCACAGUGAUGUCCUCCUGCCGCUCGCUCACAAGAUCUGGCCUUGUCUCGUGAAAAGACUGUUACGGGAUGAGCCGCUAGUUCUACUGCGAGCCUUUCAGAUGCUGGUGUCACUCGCUGCAUUGUGCAAAGAUUUCAUCCGGCAGCGUGUGUGUAAAGAGGCCCUACCAGCCUUCCUCGCCUCUCUCCGCUCUCAGGGCCUUGUAAGCCGGCGGGCCGGGCCUGUGUACAGCCACACUCUCGGCUUCAAGUUGCAGAAAGCCAUACUGGACGGCUUGGGGACACUCUGCGUAGAUUUGGCGUUGGGUGACGGUGAUUUGUUGGAGGUUAUCGAUACCUGCGUGCUCUACCUCAGUGCAAGACAGCCCAAGCAGCUCCAGGAGGCGGCGAUCAGAACAUUACUAAGCCUUUCACAGCUGGAUCCAGACAUGGUUUGGUUGCACCUAUGUGAGUGGCAGUGCCCACCCGAAGUCCCCCACUCAUCUCUUGUCCCACUUUCUUGGAAGGCCAAACCCCGUGAUGAAUACACACAGAAUGUCUGCAACCUGCUGCAAAACCUGCAGGGACCGUAGGCAAGUAGCAUCAAAGAUCUGCUGAACUAUUGGAUACCUACCUGGAUGUCGAGAUGUCUCCAUCCACCUGCCCUGGAUACCCUGGACUUUUCAAGCUUUAAAGGGGUACUCCACUGGAAAACAUUUUUUUUGUUUUUUUGUUUUUAAAUAAAAUGGUGCCAGAAAGUUAAACAGAUGUUUAAAUUAUUAAAGGGGUAUUCCAGGAAAA